AGAAGAAAAAAGGGAUCGAGGAAGAGCAAAUUUGAGUCGGGUUCAGGAGAAGAGAGCCUGCUUCUACAAGAGAAGUCGACGACGACCAAGAACGCCACUCCCAAAACAGGACGAGUUCCGUCUGUUUUGUUGAGUCCAGCGGUUGCAGUCAUUCCCGUGGUCGCCUUACUCAAGUCUGAUCAGCGAUCAUCGCAGAGAAUUCCCUCAGAGUUUUCGGAGCUCUAUCAUCAUGAACUUCCUGAUACAGUGAUCUUCAAGGGCCCAUCAGGCAACGAAUGGCCUGCCAAAUUGCAGAAGGACAUUGAUUCCGUGUGUGUGCAGGAUGAUGGAUGGCAGAAUUUUUACAGAGACAAUGCUCUAGGAAACAGUGAGUUCUUGACUUUCUGGUAUGAUGGGAAGAAAUACUUCAAUGUGCAGGUUUUUGAUCCAACUGGAGUGGAGAGACUUAAUGUUGAUCCUAGCAAGCAUAGACCAAGAGGCGGACCCCGAAAGCAUCCCGUUGGCUCCCAAAAUAUCCCUCUGUCAAAAUCUCCCAAUUCUCACGGCAAGCAUAAUCCUGAACUUGAGCAAAACAGGCUGGAGAAAAUCCAAGUGGAGGAAAGACUGAGUGAGUUAAAAGAAGAAGGAAAGGACCUUCCUGAUGUUAGAAUGAGUUCGGAUCCUGGCAAGCACAAAAACAAGAACAAGCAAAGGCAGGUCAAAGCCGAAAAAAUUGCUCCACAUUUCCCGAUUUGCCAAUCGAGAUUGCGGUGUCGCCAUUUAGAGAAGAAUGCUUCUACUUCCGAGGAAAAUGCAAGGCUGGAAGCAGUAAAAGAGACUUUUACGUCAGACUUCCCCUUCUUCAUGAGUUAUAUGAGAAGGUCCACCGUGGAGAAAGCAAAACUGCUGCCUGUUCCGUCGAAGUUUGCUAAAGAACAUUUCCUGUGGCGAAGGACGAACAUUGUCUUGCGCGAUGCGGAAGGUCAAACUUGGAAAGUUGCCCACCAUUGCAACGGGAAGAGACAUUACUUUUCUCGAGGGUGGCGAGCCUUUCUUUAUGACAAUGAGCUGAAGAUUGGAGAUGUGUGCAUCUUCGAGGUUCGCAACAAAAAGGAAGUCCAAGUUCACAUUUACCGUUUGCCAGGAACUUCAGCCAUAUGAAUGAAGACAUGGCCAGUAACAUUACGAGCUGACUGUAUUCACCUGUGGUCCGUCUACAACAGUAUCUUGUGAUAGUCCUCUAUGUGGUAGUAGUCUUCUUAAUAUUGGUCGGUAACUGAGUGGUAGUUGCUUUUAGUAUUGACCAUUGAGUUAGUAACUUCCCAAACAAAUCAAGUAAUGAUCACGAACCAUAGAAAGACCGAUCUUGCUGUUGUGCUGCUAACUGGAAUCAUUGUACUUAUGAUGAUGAACAAGCAGUGGUCUUGUUGGCAAAUGCCAAAGCUACGUUUAGAUUGUCUGGUAUCUCAUAGGUUCACAAGGAGAAUGUUUUCUUUAUGACGUAAUGCUUGUUAUGCCAUCAUCGUUGUGAUUCAUAGUUACUCUCUUGUGAUGUAGUUUUUGAGUUGGGGAUGAUCCGAACUUUAAUUUGGAUUUAUGAUUCUGACAA